AUGGGUAUCGAAGCAAAAGAUUUCAGUCUCGAUCUAGACUUAUUGGCGUAUAGUGGUAUUGUUUUUAGUCCAGAACAACGAGCUGCAUUACAAACAUCACUUGUCAUCCUUAAAGAACAAUAUAAAUUUAAAACCAUUCAUUUAUGGGGAAAAAUUUUAGGGAUAACAGAAGAUUAUUAUAUUAUACAAGGUCGUCAAAAAAAUGAACUACAAGAUCGACAAUUUCUUUACAGCUCAGAUUGUAUCAAUUGGAAUAUGUUGACACCAGCAAGUGAUGACGCGAAAGAAUUAUCACCGCAAUGUCAAGGUCGUUUUACUGGUGAUCCAUCACAUGACUUUGACGUAACAAAAUAUACUGUAUCAAAUGAAGAUACAGAAGAGGAAAAUGUUGAAGAAUAUAAAUCACAAUUACGUGAAGAAGAACGAUUAGCUGCUACAUUAUGGAAAAUUGAACAAGAUGCUAUCAUUAUUCCACGUGGUUCAUACGUUCUUCAACCAAAUGGUAAUGUAGAACGAAAUCGUACAUUUGAAGGAUUAACAAUAAUAGAAAGUGGUAAACUUUCGAAUUACUUUCAUUUUCGAGAACCAAUAAGCCUGCAGCAAAAGAGUCUGAUACAUCGUGCAACUCUUGAUAAAAGUCUCCAUUUUCUUGACACCAUUGACGAGGAUGUUCCUAAAGGUUGGAGUGUACAAUACGAACGUGGUAGUGGAUUAGUUCAAAUUCGUAGUCUUAAAUGGCCUGGUAUGGCAUUUUUUCAUAUACCAGAAACAAAUCGUUAUGGCUCACUCUACUGUGGUAUUGGUGAAGAAAACAAAGAUCUACCAUUUAUGCUUUGA